AUGGCGGCAGCAGCAGCUAGAACUGGUGGUGGGAGAUCAAAGAGGAAAAGAGCUCGCAAUAUACGUACACGAAUAGUCGAUAACGCUUCUUCAUCAUCUUCUUCAUCUUCAUCGUCAUCGUCAUCAUCCUCGGAAGAAGAAAAAGAUGCUAAAUCAGAUUCAAGUAGCAGUGAUAGCAGCUCCGAAGAUGAAGAAACUUCACAUGGGAAAGGUCAGAAACCAGCAGCAUCGAGACAAAAGGAGGAGGCAAUGGAUGUAGAUAGCUCUUCAGACUCGUCAUCCGAUUCAUCGAGCUCAUCUGAAGAAGACAGCAGUGAUGACGAACAUGACAUACAAGCAGCACAACCAAAAAAGCCAAGCGAAAGGCGUUUCUUCACUCCACCUCCUGAACCUUUGAUGUCUUGGCCUGAAAGCGAACAGUCCCAAAAUCAUCUUCCAAUCAGUCUGGAGCAAAGGUACCAAAAGUUGAUCGCUCAAUCAGAUGAAGCAGUCAUUGCAUUCACUCAAAGUAAUAGUCUAAUGCAAGAACAACGACAGAGAUCAGAAGCUAUUGAAAGAAUGCAAAAGAACAUUGAAGCACAAAAUGCAAGACAAGGCGGAUCAAUAUUGGGCAACAAUGCAACAUCAACAGCAUCAGCUGAUGCCAUCCUUGAUCCUGCAUCUUUAGCCGCACGACGUGAAGAGCUUGAAAGAGGAUGGAUGAAAGUCAUGAUUGAGGAAUAUGGAAACGAGUUGGAUGCUUUACGAAAGAAAGAGCCUACCCUUGGUACCUCCAAUACGGAUAGAAGGAUGCCAUUGCUAAUUGAUUCAUUACAAGCAGGAGCGGAGUUAUUCUCAGACGGUAUCAAUGCUUCAUCAGAGGAUAAGCGAAGAGCACCCAAAUUACAUUCCAUAGAUGAAACUGAAAUCUUUCUUCAAGGUCUCAAGGGGGAAUAA